AAUAGAACCGAAGAAGAGCGAAGCAGAGGUGCACACGAAAAAACACGUAUAAGAGAGAGAGGGGAGGAGAGAGAGAGGAAAGGGUGGGAAAACCGCUUCAAAGUUGCGUCUCUCCGCGGCACUGGACUUUCUCUCUCUAAAGUCUACACCUCUGAAAAUCACUCCAAAGAACGGAUAAUAACUAGGGUUUUCUUAGUUCUCUCUCUAAGUCACUGUUUCUCUCUCUAACUCCGACUCUGGGGGCUUUUUCCUAGGGUUUAGCUCUGGUUCAGGAAUCCUUGCUUUUACACGGGGUUUUAUGGCCAUGGCUGAAAAGCUCAGGGACCUGAGCCAGCCGAUAGACGUUCCGUUGCUUGAUGCAACUGUUGCUGCUUUCUAUGGCACGGGAUCUAAAGAGGAGAGGGCUGCUGCAGAUCAAAUUUUGCGAGAGUUACAGAACAAUCCAGAUACGUGGCUGCAAGUGGUUCACAUUCUGCAGAACUCGCAGAAUCUGAAUACCAAGUUCUUUGCACUUCAGGUUCUUGAAGGUGUUAUCAAAUAUAGAUGGAAUGCGCUGCCAGUUGACCAGCGAGAUGGGAUAAAAAAUUACAUAUCGGAUCUCAUUGUACAGCUCUCGAGUAAUGAAGUUUCAUUCCGACGGGAGAGGCUUUACGUCAAUAAAUUGAAUAUAAUACUUGUUCAGGUGUUGAAGCAUGAAUGGCCUGCCAGAUGGCCGACAUUCAUUCCUGACCUUGUUUCAGCUGCCAAGAGUAGUGAGACAAUAUGUGAAAAUUGCAUGGCUAUAUUGAAGCUUCUGAGCGAAGAGGUUUUUGAUUUCUCGCGAGGUGAAAUGACACAGCAAAAAAUCAAAGAACUAAAACAGUCAUUGAACAGUGAGUUUCAACUCAUACAUGAGUUAUGCUUAUAUGUUCUAUCAGCAUCUCAAAUGACAGAGCUGAUACGGGCAACAUUAGCGACACUUAAUGCUUUUCUGUCAUGGAUUCCUGUUGGUUAUAUUUUUGAGUCUCCCCUGUUGGAGACAUUGUUGAAUUUCUUUCCAUUGGCAUCUUAUAGAAACCUGACUCUUCAGUGUUUGACUGAGGUUGCUGCUCUUCACAUUGGAGACUAUUACGACAUGCAUUAUGUCAAACUGUACAACAUUUUCAUGGUGCAUUUACAGACUAUACUCCCACCUGGGACCAAUAUCCCGGAUGCUUAUGCAAAUGGUUCCAGUGACGAGCAGGCAUUCAUUCAGAACCUGGCGCUUUUCUUCACUUCAUUUUUCAAGUCUCACAUUCGAGUUCUUGAAUCCACACCUGAAAAUCGCGCUGCACUUCUAAUGGGUCUUGAGUAUUUAAUUGGAAUUUCUUAUGUGGAUGAUACCGAGGUUUUUAAGGUCUGCCUGGACUAUUGGAAUUCAUUGGUCUUAGAGCUCUUUGAAGCCCACCAUGGUGUGGAGAAUCCUGCUGCUAGUAUAAACAUGAUGGGACUUCAGAUGCCUCUACUUUCUGGCAUGGUUGAUGGUCUUGGUUCAGCACUUUCUCAAAGACGGCAACUCUAUGCUGGUCCUAUGUCAAAAUUGAGAAUGCUUAUGAUUUCUCGUAUGGCUAAGCCGGAAGAGGUCUUAAUUGUGGAAGAUGAAAAUGGAAAUAUUGUUCGUGAAACAAUGAAAGAUAAUGAUGUCCUUGUUCAGUAUAAGAUCAUGAGGGAAACCCUGAUUUACUUGUCACACCUUGAUCAUGAUGAUACCGAGCAGCAGAUGUUGAAAAAACUAAGCAAGCAAUUGAAUGGAGAGGAUUGGACGUGGAACAAUCUUAACACACUGUGCUGGGCCAUUGGAUCAAUAUCAGGGUCUAUGAUGGAAGAUCAGGAAAAUCGGUUUUUGGUGACAGUCAUCCGCGAUUUACUAAACUUGUGUGAAAUUACCAAAGGGAAGGAUAACAAAGCUGUUAUUGCAAGCAACAUUAUGUAUGUUGUUGGACAAUACCCGAAGUUUCUGAGGGCUCAUUGGAAGUUUCUAAAGACUGUUGUGAACAAAUUGUUUGAAUUCAUGCAUGAAACACAUCCAGGCGUGCAGGAUAUGGCGUGUGACACAUUUUUGAAAAUUGUUCAAAAAUGCAAGCGCAAGUUUGUGAUUCUGCAGGUUGGAGAACGUGAGCCCUUUGUGUCUGAGCUGUUAUCUGGCUUGGCAUCAACAGUUGCAGACCUGGAGCCCCAUCAGAUUCAUACCUUUUAUGAGUCUGUUGGUCAUAUGAUUCAAGCUGAAUCUGACCCUCAGAAAAGGGAUGAGUAUUUACAGAGAUUGAUGGAACUUCCCAAUCAGAAAUGGGCUGAAAUAAUUGGCCAGGCACGGCAGAGUGUGGACUUUUUGAAGGAUCAGGAUGUCAUCAGGACAAUACUUAACAUACUCCAGACAAACACAAGUGUUGCAAGUUCACUUGGGACCUAUUUCUUGCCGCAAAUAUCAUUGAUCUUUUUGGACAUGCUCAAUGUUUACAGGAUGUAUAGUGAGCUUAUAUCAAGUAGUAUAGCAGAAGGAGGCCCAUUUGCUUCGAGAACAUCUUUUGUCAAGCUUCUACGGUCGGUUAAACGGGAGACGCUUAAACUUAUUGAGACAUUUGUGGAUAAGGCUGAAGAUCAGCCACAAAUUGGGAAGCAAUUUGUACCACCCAUGAUGGAUCCCGUCCUUGGUGAUUAUGCUAGGAAUUUGCCAGAUGCUAGGGAGUCAGAAGUGCUGUCACUUUUUGCUACAAUAAUAAACAAGUAUAAGGGUGUCAUGAUAGAUGAUGUGCCUCGAAUAUUUGAGGCUGUUUUCGAAUGCACCUUAGAGAUGAUUACAAAGAACUUUGAAGAUUACCCUGAACAUCGUCUGAAAUUCUUCUCUCUCCUGCGUGCAAUUGCCGCACAUUGUUUCCAAGCUUUGAUACACUUAUCAAGUCAGCAAUUGAAGCUUGUCAUGGAUUCGAUUAAUUGGGCUUUCCGUCACACGGAAAGGAAUAUCGCUGAGACUGGGCUCAACUUGUUAUUGGAGAUGUUGAAUAACUUCCAGGCUUCGGAGUUCUGUAAUCAAUUUCACCGGAGCUAUUUCUUAUCAAUUGAGCAAGAGACUUUUGCUGUUUUGACGGAUACGUUCCACAAGCCUGGGUUUAAGCUACACGUGUUAGUGUUGCGACACUUGUUCUGCCUGGUGGACUCUGGUGUAUUGACGGAGCCUUUAUGGGAUGCCUCCACUGUUCCUUAUCCUUACCCAAAUAACACCAUGUUUGUUCGAGAGUACACCAUAAAACUCUUGGGGACAUCGUUUCCCAAUAUGACAACAGCUGAGGUAACACACUUUGUAGAUGGCCUUUUUGAGUUUAGAAAUGAUCUUUCUCAAUUCAAAAAUCACAUCAGGGACUUCCUUGUACAGUCAAAGGAAUUCUCAGCUCAGGAUAACAAAGAUCUAUACGCAGAGGAAGCAGCAGCACAGAGAGAGAGAGAACGUCAGAGGAUGCUAACAAUUCCUGGGCUCAUUGCCCCUAGUGAACUACAAGAUGAAAUGGUGGACUCAUGACCCCUUUAAUUCUCUCAAAUCCCCUGAUUUCUUAACCCCUUUAUCGCCGGUAAUUGCUGGCUAUCGGCUGCUCCGGCUGCCGGAAUUCCACUGGUGGUGGCUGGAAAAUUGGUUCUUGGCAUCUUUAUUUUUUUAUUUUUGCUUUUGUGGGUGGGUUCCUGUCCAUAUGCUCCCCCUUUUGCAAUUUGGAAGAGCUCGACAGUGGACUACUGGUGAUACUUUCCGGAUGGUGAUGGUGUUAGUUGAAGUAGCCAUAGCUCUGUCUGUUUAUUUCGCUCUAUAUCCUAGAGUUGGUCUGGUGCUAGAAUUCAGUGGGUCAUUUUUCAGGCCACUAGAAUCCCGUGUUAUUACCUGUUCUUAUUUUUGCCUGCGUGUUAUGUCUGGUGAUUCGCCAGAAUAUUGGGCUCUAUGCUCGGAAUGGGUGUGCUUCGUGUAUUCUAACCAUUUAGGGUUUUGCAGAUAUAAUGGUUUGCUCUUCUGUAAGCUAUUUGUAAUUUUGGAAGGGUUUUCUAUAAUCUCUUCUUUCGAUUUUUCUUCUAUUUGUUGUCUUUAUUUUUUUCUUUUGGGAAAAUGACUCUUGAGCAUUUUGAUAUGAUAUGUACUAUAGCUUGGCUUAUUAA